AUGGCGGCGCUCGUGAAGGCCGCGGCGUGUGCCGGGAGGCCGUUGCUGCCGGUGGCUCACACGUGGGAUGUCGGCGCGCGGCGCUGCGUUCGAGCGCUGCGGAGGAGGCCCGUGCGAGUGGUGCUCCCGUCGGGAGAGGUCGUGGCUCGGAAGCCCGGCCCUGGCAAAGAGCCCCGGACGGCGGCGCCUGCGGCCGGUUCCCAGGCGCAGCGCCCGCGACAGCGGCCUCAGAUGCCCUCCGAGCCGCCGCCCAGCACCUGGGAAGAGUCGGGGCUUCGCUACGACAAGGCUUUUCCCGGGGACAAGAGGCUGAGCAGUGUGAUGACAAUCGUGAAGUCCAGGCCGUUCCGGGAAAAGAACGGGAAGAUCCUCCUGGAAGGCCGCCGGUUGAUCGCCGAUGCGCUCAAGGCCGGGGCUGUGCCGAAGGCCUUCUUCUUCAGCCGGCUGGAGUACGUCAGGGAGCUGCCCGCCGAGAAGCUGAGGGGCGUCCGCCUCGUCAAGGUGAAAUUUGACGACAUCAAGGACUGGUCCGACCUGGUAACGCCACAAGGAAUAAUGGGUCAGUGGAGUCCCGGUGUCGCCAGAGUGGCUGCUGCUAGUUGCCAAGGAGACGCGAGCCCACCUCCUGUAUUGAUCUGUGACAAUCUCCGUGACCCUGGGAACCUGGGGACCAUUCUGCGAUCUGCUGCGGGGGCAGGCUGCAGCAAAGUGUUACUCACCAGAGGCUGUGUGGAUGCCUGGGAUCCUAAAGUGCUGCGGGCAGGUAUGGGCGCACACUUCCAGGUGCCCAUCGUCAACAACCUGGCCUGGGAAGCAGUACCCAACUACCUGCCCACCGACACCCGGGUCCACGUGGCUGACAACUGUGGCAUCUACGCCCAGGCCCAGAUGUCUUCUCAGAAGGCCAGUGACCACGGCUGGGUGUGUGACCGGCGCUACCUGAAGUUCCACAAGUUUGAGGAAGCGGAGGACGGCGACCCGGGGGCCAGGCAAGCCUGGGUUCCUGACCUGGAGGUGCAGAACUAUGAUGUGGACUGGACAGAGGCGCCCGCGGCUGUGGUCAUUGGUGGCGAAACCCAUGGACUGAGCCUGGAAUCCCUACAGCUGGCCGAGAGCACGGGUGGCAGGCGGCUGCUGAUUCCCGUCGUGCCCGGUGUGGACAGCCUGAACUCGGCCAUGGCCGCCAGCAUUUUGCUUUUUGAAGGGAAAAGGCAGCUUCGGGCCAGGGAGGGUCACCUCGGCAGGGACCGGAGCUACCAGUGAGGGCCGGUGGAGAUGUUGAGGGAGCCUGGCAGGCAGACAGGCGGGAGCCUGCAAAGGGGAGUGAGCUGGGAAGACAUCUUUCUCUGAGCAGUGUCGCUGGGCUUCCUGGUCACGCCAUGUGCCGCGGGCACAGCAAGGUUGGCAUGGUUACAGUGUUCGCCAUUGGACAAAUCAGAAAUGCCACCGAGCUUCUGCUGAGCCUCAAAAAUAAUCCAGGUCAAAAUUCUUCCCGAAAUCGCCCAUCUCCUAGAUGGUGUGGUGGUCCUGGUUUUGAACACUUCUAAUCAGGUUUAAAAAAAUAAUAAUAAAGUGAUACCACAAACAUG